AUGUCAGCUAUGAAACUUAGCCGCGAGCAACAAAACGAACUCUUGUUUGUUGGGUUUAACCAGGACAGCGGCUGCUUCGCGUGCGGCACUGACACGGGUUUCAAAAUUUUUAAUUGCGAUCCGUUCAAAGAGACAUUUCAUCGAGACUUCACCAAUGGUGGUAUUGGCAUUGUGGAGAUGCUUUUUCGCUGUAAUAUUCUAGCCAUUGUUGGUGGAGGACGCAAUCCAAGAUAUCCUACUAAUAAAGUUAUGAUCUGGGACGACCAUCAGAGCCGAAAUAUCGGAGAACUCAGCUUUCGCAGCGAAGUGAAAGCUGUCAAGCUACGACGUGAUCGUGUGGUCGUCGUGCUGCAAAACAAAAUAUACGUCUAUAACUUCUCGGACCUGAAGCUUGUAGAUCACAUCGAAACACUUGCGAAUCCGAAAGGUUUGUGCGCGUUGUGCCCGAAUCCGUCCAACACGGUUUUGGCCUGUCCUGGUGUCACGCGCGGUACUGUUCGUAUUGAGCUAUAUGAUCUACGAAAGACCACACUUAUUACAGCCCACGAAGCUGAGUUGUCACAGAUUUGUUUGAAUCUAGAUGGCACACGUCUAGCAACGGCAUCGGACAAGGGAACGCUUAUUCGUAUCUUCGACACCCAAAGUGGUCAAAUCACACAGGAAUUGCGUCGUGGAGCGGAUCGUGCCGAGAUUUACAGCAUCUGUUUUAGUCCGACUGCACCAUUGCUUGCAUGCUCAAGUGACAAGGGUACAGUGCACGUCUUCUCGCUGACUGCGGAAGGUUCUGGUCAAAGUUUCUCUUCCGAGCUUAACUCAAUGGGAAACGUUCCGUCGCACACCAUGCCGUCCCAUUUUGCAGCUGGAAGUGCUCCUCGCAACGGAGAGGAAGAUGGUACUGAGAAUUCCAAGUCCAGCUUGUCAUUCAUGCGAGGACUGCUUCCUAAAUACUUCAGCUCAGAGUGGAGUUUCGCACAGUUUCGUGUGCCCGAGACUCGAACAAUUUGCGCUUUCGGAAUGGAAAAGAAUACUAUUGUUGUCGUGGGAGCAGAUGGGUCAUUCUACAAAGCUGUAUUUGAUGCCAAUGGCGAAUGCCAAAACACGUCUUAUUCCAAAUUUAUUCAGUCCGACGAAGACGAAUAG